AUGUAUAAAAAAAUUGCACCGACGCAGAAGAUAGGGUGGUAAAUGCCAGAGAGAGAGGGAGUGUCUGGUCGGGAUCUUAUCAUCCCACCAAACACCACGUCUCUUUACAGCACUAACUCAAUCACAGCUUGUCCCUCCGCCGUCCGAUCUAACUAAUUUCUUCAUCACAACCAUUCACUUGAUCUCAAAGAUGACCUCAUCCAGCGGUGGCCGCUUCAUGGCCUACUCUCCGUCACCUUCAGCUCCUCACUCUCCACAUCUCCCUUCUCUCCGCUCCGCCGCGGCUUCCUCCGCUAUUCUCGAUCAAGAGCAAUAUCUCAAUGAACUUAUAGCCGAGCGUCACAAGCUGCAUCCAUUCAUACCUGUGCUCCCACAUACCUAUCGGUUGUUGAGCCAUGAAAUUAUGCGUGUAACCACACUGUUGGGGAAUGCAUCAAUUUUAGGUCAAAGUGGGCUUGAAUAUGCUAGCCCCCUCACCUCUGGAGGAAUAUUUUCAAAUGGAGGAGCCGAUAUGAACGGAUUGGCAUCACUGUUUCAAUCAGAAAUUUCCAGUUUAGGGCAGCCCUUAUCAGCACAAAAUUGGCUUAGUUCACAAGGUAGCUCAUCGGGACUUAUUGUUAAGAGGACAAUCAGAGUGGAUAUUCCAGUUGAUCAAUUUCCUAAUUACAACUUUGUUGGACGCCUCCUUGGUCCUAGGGGCAACUCUCUUAAGCGAGUGGAAGCCAGUACGGAAUCUCGUGUUCUGAUCAGAGGGCGUGGCAGUAUUAAGGAUCCAGCAAGGGUAAGGGAAGAAAUGAUGAGAGGGAAACCUGGUUAUGAGCAUCUGAAUGAACCUCUUCAUAUCCUGGUUGAGGCAGAGCUACCAGUUGAAAUAGUUGAUACUCGCCUAAUGCAAGCACGAGAGAUACUAGAAGACUUGCUUAAGCCUGUGGAUGAGUCCCAUGAUUUCUAUAAGAAACAACAACUGCGGGAGCUAGCAAUGCUUAAUGGUACACUUCGAGAGGAAGGUUCUCCAAUGUCAGGUUCGGUGUCGCCCUUCCACAACAGCCUUGGCAUGAAGAGAGCUAAAACGAGAGGGUAAUGGUUCUCAAUCAACGGGCUUUUGGAUCUUCUGCAUUAGUAAUCCACUAGUAAGCAGCAGUUCCGACAUCACAAUUGUUGCUGUGUCAGACAGGCCCUCCAACUGCUGCCGGGGCACUGGCACUAUAUAUAUACUAUGCUAGUUCUAACUUGUUUCUCUAUUAAGUGUGUGAGGUUUAAUGACAGUAAUUUGUAGUAAGAUAUGAGUUGACUUCUGGGGUUUGCAUUUAUAUGUGGGUUGAUGCAUUUGGCAAGAACAUUAUCUCGCGAAUGCUAUUCUUGUAUUAUUAGUUGUGGAAAGUUUUGAUGCAUUGACGUGAGGGGUUUGGGUUGAGUGUUAUGUGGUCGGUAGUUUAAAUAGGUAUUUAGAUUUGUUAAUGGCAGUCUCCGCCAUUUCUGUUUUGA